AGUACCCCAUGACGGUUAUGUAGUGGUUUGCACUGCAGUAAUGAGCACCAUAUAAACACUAUUAUUUCACCAGCAUCAGUACACAAGACGUUCAAGUGUCCUGAGCUGUUAUGGCGCUUUGGGGAGCUUUGUGUCGGUGUGUUUUGGUCUCUAGGAGCAGCAGCAGUCAUGUCGGUUUGUGUGUCUCUGCUGCAUCUCUCAGAAAUCAGUCUACUGCGAGUGCCGCUGCUUUGGCCACUGCAUCCAGUCCAAAAGCACAGGAAAAGAGAAAACCCAAGACCGGUAUCCUCAUGCUGAACAUGGGAGGUCCUGAGAGACUGGAAGACGUUCAUGACUUCCUUUUGCGUCUUUUCCUGGACAAAGAUCUGAUGCAGCUUCCUGUCCAGGAUAAACUCGGGCCGUUCAUAGCCAGGCGGCGCACACCGAAGAUCCAGGAGCAGUAUAGUAAAAUUGGAGGAGGAUCUCCCAUCAAAGCCUGGACCACCAUGCAGGGAGAGGGGAUGGUCAAACUCCUGGACCAGAUGUGUCCUGAAACUGCUCCACACAAGUUUUAUAUCGGCUUCCGUUACGUCCACCCGCUAACGGAGAAGGCCAUCGAGGAGAUGGAGACAGACGGAGUGGAGAGAGCUGUGGCUUUUACUCAGUAUCCUCAGUACAGUUGCUCUACAACAGGCAGCAGUUUGAAUGCUAUCUACAGAUACUACAGCAGCAAUGAACUGAGGCCUAAAAUGCGCUGGAGUGUGAUUGACAGGUGGCCCACACACCCUCUGCUUAUCGAGUGUUUUGCUCAGCAUGUGCGUAAUGAGCUGGAGAAGUUUCCUCCUGAGAAGAGAGAUGACGUGGUCAUUCUUUUCUCUGCCCACUCGCUCCCCAUGUCUGUGGUGAACAGAGGAGACCCGUACCCACAGGAAGUAGGAGCCACAGUGCAGAGGGUGAUGGAGAGGUUAUCUUACUGUAACCCGUAUCGUCUCGUCUGGCAGUCGAAGGUGGGCCCGAUGCCGUGGCUUGGUCCCCAGACGGAUGAGGUGAUAAAAGGUUUCUGUAAAAGAGGGAAGAAGAACCUGCUCUUGGUUCCAAUCGCCUUCACCAGUGACCACAUCGAGACUCUACACGAGCUUGACAUUGAGUACUCGCAGAUCCUCGCAGAAGAGUGUGGGGUCGAAAACAUCAGAAGAGCAGAAUCUCUCAAUGGAAACCCGCUGUUCUUCAAGGCAUUGGCAGAUUUGGUUCAAACACACCUGAAGUCCAACGAGUCGUGCUCUCGGCAGCUCACCCUGCGCUGUCCCAUGUGUGUGAACCCGACCUGCGGGAAAGCCAAGGCCUUCUUCGCCAACCAAAAUCUCUGAUAUUUUUCCUCACUAUUGCCUGCGAGCCUUCGUGCCUGGGAGGAGCUUCUCACAUCACCUGCCAAAACAGAACCUUACAGAACACAAAGCUCCAAAAGUCUGCUGGCCGCUGGAGCGAGUCCAGGUUUACUCUGUUCACUUCAUGUUCCCAAGUUAGAUCUGUAGUUUCACACCUUUGUCAUUUCUCUGGGGGGGAAAAAACUUCAUAGCCUAUUAGCAUCAUCUUGAACUUAUGUUAAAGUAUUGGCACCUCUGCCUCAUUAGGACAUGUGCAAUUUAGGUCUCCAGUAAAACAUAUCUGUGUGAAAUGUGAUUAUUCUAUUGAAAAAGUAAUUUUACCUCCACCUUGUGUGUGUGGAGUUUGCAUGUUCUCCCCGUGCCUCGGGGGUUUCCUCCGGGUUCUCCGGUUUCCUCCCCCGGUCCAAAGACAUGCAUAGUAGGUUGAUUGGCAUCUCUGGAAAAUUGUCCGUAGUGUGUGAUUGCGUCAGUGAAUGAGUGUGUGUGUGUGCGCCCUGUGAUGGGUUGGCACUCCGUCCAGGGUGUAUCCUGCCUUGAUGCCCGAUGACGCCUGAGAUAGGCACAGGCUCCCCGUGACCCGAGGUAGUUCUGAUAAGCGGUAGAAGAUGAAUGAAUGAAUGAAUGAAUGAAUGAAUAAACUUCCUGGAGUUUAGUAAGUAUUGCUCUUAUACACAUUUAAUAUUACUGAACCUUUAAGGUGGUAGUUUGUAGGAUUCUGUGUACAUUGCAUCCAUCCAGCUAUUGGUCUGCGCUAUGUGUAGCUCCGCCCACCCAUAUCAUACGUCACUAGUACUUUUGGUAUCCUGGCAACUGGUUUAAGGAACCAGUGCUGAAGAGUGAGAUUGAAAAACUCAUCCAACUUUAACGCACAUACGAGUGCCAAAUUUGACACCGUGUGCCUUUUCUGGUGACAUAAAAAAUGUUUGUCACUUUGAAAAAGAAACCGCAACUUUUCAACUCGUCCGUCCUUCAGGCUUAAAGCUGUUCGUUUAAACCUGCAGCUUUACCUCUGACUGUUACAAAGCCCUCACACUGGAGACUCCUUCCAACAUUAAAAAAAAAGUAAAAUAAAUAAAAAGCUAACAAAAACUGUUAAUAUUAGAAACGCUAACUUCUAGCAGUACAUUAACAUAACCGUGUGAUUUGUUCUGAAAAGAAUCGACAACCUGACAACCAAUCAGGAGCCAGAACUGAUGAAUGCAGUAGAAUAUUGUCGGUCUCAUAAAAAUCAGACGAACCGAUUGUCCUCUGUGUCUUUCUUUUUGUGUUAUUAUGGACGAGUUUGGACGAAAACAAAGCAAGGAAAAUGUAUGUAGAGGAAUUGAUUUAUUUGAAAUGUUCUUUUGAUAAAAACAAACAAACAAACAAACAAAAAAGCAGAACACAUUAUCAAUAUCAUAGCUUUCUUCCACAUGAUGAUACCAAAAGCAGAAAAAAAAGAGAAGUAAAACAUUAAUUUUAUACCAAAUCGUCCAUUUUUGUCAGUCCAGUCCUCUGCUGUUCGCUCUUCAUCUUUCUCUCCCUCCAGCAUGUCCAAGCUACUGUUGAUUAGGCCAAGAGAAAUUGGUUGUCCUGGACCCAAUCACCCCUUGGUGGAGCGUGUGUGUGUGUGUGUGUGUGUGUGUGUGUGAGGGAUGCUCUGGGGGCCGGCGGGAGCCUCCUGGUAAUUGAAAAGCGAGGACGUCGGCUCUGGCGAGCAGCGUGACCUCUAAUUGAGAGGGGAGCGAUUGAUUUCUCCAGCGUGAGAGAAAGAGAGGGAGUGAAGAAUAGGGGGAUGGUGCGGCGCUCAGGGAGGGAGGUGUGAAAAAUGAAAGCGUGAGCGUUUUCUCAAGAGGUGUGUGCAAGACAAAGUAAAAGGAGAACUGGGAUAGACGGAGACGGAGGGAGGGGAUACGAGGGACCAAGGAUGUUUGGACUCGCAGGAACAAAUUCACACGUUUUCUCUUUAUUUCAUACCAUAACCAUUAUUACGGCAUCGAAAUCAGAUCUCUGGAGUACAAACACCAGGUCUGAGAUGUGUACGGCUUUUUACUCACUGCUAAAUGGAUGAAAAUGAUCCUUGAAUUAAUGAAUUCAUUUCAAUUUAUUUUUAUUUUUAUUUUAUUUUAUUACAAGCUCAAAUAUCUUGCUAUGAUUUUGGACUGUGUGAAAUGUUUAUCUGAAGCUGGCUGUUGUUUACUCCAAAAUAAAUUCUGAAAAUAAAAACAAAUUCUUUUCAAAAAUU